UAAGCGUAACUUGGCGUCAAACAUGGCGCUGUCCUGUUCCAGCCUGUGUAGCAAUUUGUCUUUGAUCCGACUGUGUGGUCUCAGGACAAACAUCAUAACAAAUGGCCUUUACACUCCGUACAUGUCCUGUCAGUCCAGGUUGCCCCUUUGUAGACACUACUCCUCCUCCGGAGUUAGACGAGGUAUUGGCCGAUAUGUCACCUCCAGACUCCAGAGAGUAAAUAGCAGAUAUGAAGGUUUCCUCAAAAGGCGAUUUCCUCGCUUUUUUCAGCUGUACCACACUUUUAUGGAAGGAUUCAAGCUACUGUUCCAAGAUGCCAAAGAUGUGCGGAGGAUAAAAACAAAGAUGGUCUCUGAUGGAUUACAGUUCCAGGAUUUGCCCUACAGGGAGAUGGAGAAACUCAGACAGUUCCGCAGAGGCAUGAUCAAGGCCCUUCCGCUGGUGGUGAUCUCUAUCCCACCCUUUGCCAACUACCUGGUUUUUGUCUUGAUGUACUUUUUCCCCCGCCAGCUCCUGAUCCCUCAUUUCUGGACUCCCAGGCAGCAGGUAGAGUUUCAGGGAGUGUACCAUUCCCUCAGGGUCCGGCACCACUGGCCAGUGCUCAAGGGGCUCGAGUAUACGAGCCUCCAGGUCAAAGACAAUCAGCUCCAGAGUCGCCUCAAGGACCUGUGUGCUAAAGUGCAAAGUGGAGAAACCCCUCAAGUGUCAGAAAUCCUUGCCGUUCGGAGCUUGUUUUCUGGACCCCCUUUGGGUAUAAAGAGAAUGAGCGUGGAUCAGAUGAGACAUGUCAGCCGCCUGCUCUUCCUGACGCCUCUCCUACCAGGGUUCCUAAUUGGCCGACGGCUGAACAGCCAUGCCCUGGAGCUGCUCCAGCUGGACCGGGCCCUCAGCAGGCUGGGCCCUCACCAGCUGAGUGACUUCGAACUCAGACAGGCUUGUUACGUAAGGGGGCUCAAUUCUAAUAGUCUUUGCAUUAACCAGUGUCGCGAGUGGUUAUUCCAGUGGCUUCACAUGUCCUCCUCUUUGAAAGACUCAGAGGUGUCACUGCUUCUGCACAGCAUUGUAUUUCUCUCUGCCAACUACCCGAAUGGUCCCAGCCGACACUGACAGGAAGCCUGAACCACUCUGCUUCUGAGAUUAUGUUCGCUUUUGUGCACUGGUCAGCAUGACUUCCUGAGAGUUGUCAACAUCUCCGUUUUGCUGAGGAAAAAACAUUUUAAAACUGAUCUUGGCAAGAUUUUGAGGUUUAAAACUGUCUUUGCAAACAGGGUUGUAGUAAAGAAAAGGAUUCCAUUAAUUCUAGACGCCUUAGAACCAUCCUGUUUGAAAGUCAGCCGUGAACACAACAUUCCUCUGAAGUGGAGGAAUACCACAAAGUACGUACAUAAUUAACAGAAUUUCUUUUGGAAAAGAAAUGGCAAUAGGGUGAAUAUGGUGUCUUUGUCUGGGGAGUGGUAUGGGAUUCUACUUUAUAAAUUUGCACGAAGAGACAGGUGUGUUUAAACUUAAAAAUCUUGUUUAGGAGUUCUCAUGUAAUUAGACUGAAAUUGUGAUUCACUGAACUAUAUUAAGCGGUGAUGUUGAGGUAAAUGAUACGACGAUACCUGUCGCUGUAUUUCAAGCUCGUUAUCACUGUAAAGCGCACACUUGUCGAUUAUUACUUCUAAGCCAACACAUCAUUACACAGCAAUAGUGACAAGUAGGGAAACAAAGAGGAUACCGUUUAGUAUUUUGGGUUCUUGUUAAUAUCUUGCUUGUGGAAUGGUAAAGUUGUUCAAACACAUUCCAUGCAAAAAAAACAGGAGAAGUUUACUUUAAUGUGAACGUGUUUUUACAUGUUAUCAAAUACGUACUUCAUCUUCUCGUACAUUUACCUCACUUUGUGCUUUGCUCUCACAUCUUUACAAUGAAUAAUGCUGGGUCAUGGCUAAAUUUGAAAACCUGUAAAGGGAAUUUUAUGGCAACAGUCUUGAGGGAAGGAAAUUGUUUUAUUUAUAUGGAUCAACUUGUCAACCGCAAAAAUUAGAUAACACAAAGGCACCUUCUAACAGGCGAAAUGGCGAUUGAUCCUAAAGAGAUGAAAUUUUGUCAUUGCAAAGACAUUCAAGCUUGUUUGUGGUGAGAAGCUGAACUUAUUGUAGCUUAAUAUCUUGUUUGGGUGCAGUGCAGCAUCUACAAGAGUUGUGAUGGCACUUUCUUUACUUGACGUUUUCUUGCUUUGGAGGCUUAAAAUGACAUUAACUUGUCCUGGUCAAACCACGCUUCAGCACAGAAUUUCAUUCAAGCUUUUGGGGCCUGUUAACAGUAUGAGGAACUGUAUGUUCUUUGUGCUGGUGUUGUAAAGCGUAAAAUAGGAAAUGUCAUUUUGUUCCUGUGCCUUUCGCAAGGACUGGCACAAUACGUCUGAAAUAUGAGUUGCAAGAGUUUUUUUCUGUUUAAGGUUUAUUUUAAAAUUUGUUAUAUUAUUUGUUCAACAGGUUUUGAAUGUUGUGUUGCUGUGCCAAUAUUAUAUACAUUGUAAUGGAAUUGUGUGUAAAAUAAAGACCUUUAUGGUGCAUUUA